AUGGCUAAUGGAGAACAAGCAACGUUGAUGGGAGCAGCCACCAUUUCGGUCAACCACAAAAUGGGAACAGCAACUGGCGAAGCGGUGGUAUUUGGGAUGGACGGAAUUGAUUUGAUUUUGGGCAAUGAUUUCCUGAAACAGUAUGGCAAAGUACAAAUCGAUUAUCGAGAGCCGAAGGCCUCAAUUACUUUUGGAGAUCAGCCUCUUGCAGCCAUUACAUCGCAGCGGACAGAUCACCAAACACGUGGCCAAUGUGAUGACAGUAGCGCCAGCUUUACAGGCGGAGAACUUUUGUUUCGAACCAUCAGGAAAACUUCUACAAACCAAGGGAGUGUCGGUGGGACACGCGUUACUGGCAGCCAAAGUGGAUUUCACCCCGUUGGCCAAUUUAACGUCGACUAGCGUGUGGAUUCCAAAAGGGACGACAUUGGGAGUCAUCAGUGGCUACGACGGAGAAGUGCUGAGCUGUGGCCUAACGACAAAAGAAGAGAACUCCCCAAUGACCAGACCACCAACAAAGGAAGAAGUGAAUCAGCGGAGGAGACUCAUAGACGACCUCAAAAAACAAGUAAAUCAUGGCAUUCCGAAAGACAAACGUGA